AUGUCCGCCGUCACCAAUAGGACGCUCCUCCGCACCUCCGCUACUCUCACUCAUAGCUCUCCUAUGCACUUCAUCAAUCUAAAAGGCAUAACGUCCAUGACUCGCAGGGUCAUUGCAUCAGGGCGCUCGUGUCUCGAGUGUCGUCGGCGCAAAAUCAGAUGUGAUAGGUCGCUGCCCUGCGCAUAUUGCACGCGGAUCAAGCUACAAUGCAGAUAUCCUUCAUCGCGGCCCAACGGAGACGCUGCUGAGGAUGAUGAUCUGGCAGCCCGAGUACGGUCUGUUGAACAGGCAUUGCAGUUUCUGGAGCAAAAGAUGACACAUAUUGCGGAUUUGCUGCGGUUGAGUCCGGCGCCAUCGACCAGACAGCAUGGGAACUUUGCGCAAGACCAUGAGCUCUCAUAUGACGCCGCCCUCAACUUACCAAGUCCAAGCUGGUCUUCUCCGCCGAAUACUUCACAAAAGAACGCAUGUCAUAGCAGCAGUGCAGAGACAACCAGAUAUCGGCUUCUACCGUCGUUACCAUUGACCAAGUUGGGUGAAGCAUCACAACAUGAACCUCUCCAACUACUCCACCCCUCACCCGCAAAAGCCCUGUUCAUCUGGCAAACAUAUCUCGAUGUGGUCGACCCUCUGAUUAAGAUACUUCAUGUUCCCUCUGCCCAAAGGCACAUCAUGAGUUUGAUGCAAGGUCGUCAAGAGGCUGUGGACGCACCCAUGGAAUGUCUGAUGUUCGCCAUCUACUAUUCCAGUGUGAUCUCGCUAUCGGCAGCAGAUUGCCUACAAGAACUGGGUGAAGAGAGACACAUUUUGCUACAAAGAUAUAAACAAGGGGUUGAGCAAUCACUGACACAGGCAAACUUCUGGUGCUCGCGAAUUAUAACCGUUUUGCAAGCCUUUGUUUUAUACCUGAUCUGCGGACGACAAGACGUAAAUGGCCCCGACGUUCGCGCUUUGACCAGACUCGCCAUCGGCAAUGCCCUGAGGCUUGGCCUACAUCUUGACAUUCCUGGCAUUGGCGUCUUUGACCGAGAGAUAAGGCGCCGUCUAUGGUGGCAGAUUUGCACCUUGGACGUUCGAAUCGCUGAAGAUUAUGGCUGUGAUCCAUCCGUUAUUGAGCCAAACCCUCAUACAGAGCUGCCUCUGAACGUCAACGAUGCCAGUUUACAUCCUGAUAUGGAAAAAUUGCCGAUUUCACAACCUGGACGAAGCGAGAUGCUGUUUAGCCUGGUGCAAUUCGAGACAAGCAAUCUUGCUCGACGAAUCCUCUUCUCUGAUCAGUUCUCCCAGAGCAACGGCUACCAGAUGAUGACUGAAGCAGACAAAUGCCAAGCAGUGGACGACUUCAGGGGGCGCAUUGAGGAGCAGUACCUAUCGUACUGCGACACGACAAUUCCCCUGGACUGCGUCAUUGUCAGAAGCAGCCGACUUGUCCUCGCAAAGUUGAAGUUGGCUGUUUGUAAACCGCGUGCGGACCAAAACCACGGUAUGCCUCUACGGGACAAUUACCGCGAGGCAUGUGUGGACGUCUUGGAGCAAGCGCGAGCCUUGCAACAGUAUGAUGGCGGACGCCAGUGGCUCUGGCUCUUUGAGAUGGACGUCGACUGGGAUGCCCUGGCGUAUCUACUCUUGGAUAUUUGCAUGACGCUCGCAUCGCCGUCAUCCAGCGAGCCAAUUGACGUGCCGUGGGAUGUCGUGAACGAGACUUACAACCAUUGGGAAAACAAGCCCAGUGCUCGUCGGGAUCAUCGCUGGACCAAGAUUGAAGAACUCCGUUCAAAUGCUUUAUCUCUGAGAGAAAAGGUGCAGGGCAUCAUACAAACACCUCAGGCAAGCUCAAUUUCUCACCAAUUCCAUGGUCCAUCAGGAGAUCUGCCAGACCUCGCCGUCGAAACCCCUCCACACCGACAGCAUGAAACCAUCUCGAGUGUCUUUCACAAGCCUGCUGCGGAGUGCACAGGCAUUGGUCUAGUACCUUGCAAAGCCACAGACCACAACACACAGAUCCAACGAUCGCACUCGGCAGGUAGGCAAGAGUGUGGGACCAAUCCUGCAGGGGAUCGGUGCCCCCCAAGCUGCGACCCUGCCCCCAUAUCGGCCGCCCCGGCCGAAGAAGCCCAGUAUGAGGCGAGCACAGCAGACUUGCCGGGAAAGGGGACUGUGUGUGAAUGGAGCGCUUCUCUCAUCGAGAAAUAUUGGGAAGUUGCCGGACACGACUGCAAAGGCUUCAACCUGUGGCAAUGA